CAGUUUUGGUUCUCACCGAAGUGUCACAACAAGUACGCGGUACAGACACAGACACGAUCAUUCCUUCACCUUCUUCAAACAGUACAGUUUACAGUACAACACUCACAUCCAACAAUGAAGUGCUUCGUUGCCAUUGCUCUGCUCGCCGUUGCCGUCAGUGCAUCGCCCGUCGAGUACGGACACUAUGGUGCCCCCGCUCUGGUCCACGCCCCGCUCGCAGUCCAUGCUCCAGUCGUGAAGCACGUCGUUGCCGAACCUGUGGCCUACCCGAAGUACUCGUUCAACUACGGCAUUAAGGACCCGCAUACCGGUGACAUCAAGUCGCAGGCCGAGGAACGCGACGGCGAUGUCGUCAAGGGCCAGUACUCGCUGGUUGAGCCCGAUGGUUCGGUGCGCACCGUCGACUACACCGCCGAUGACCACAACGGAUUCAACGCGGUCGUCCACAAGUCUGCCCCGGCCGUCCAGAAGGUGAUCGCUGCCCCGGUUGCCCACUACGCUCCGGCCCCCGUCCUGAGCCACUACGUGCACUAAGCGACGAACCCGGUUCGUGGGGCAGCAUGCCAGCUCCCACGGCACCACCAUCCACACUCAUCAACUCAAGCCAAUUUAUCUCCACUUCAGCUAGAAAUCGUAGUCACAACACACACACUCUCUCUCACUGUCUCCGCGUAGAACGAAGACCUAACGAAAGCAGGUUAACGAAGGAAGGAUGUAACGUAGCGACUCACACCCGGACCGAUAUGGUACCGGGGCACUCUUUAAAAGAAAAACCUCGGUACUUUCUGACCACCCAGGCCGGAAUCGUAACCGAUCCAAGCAAUGACGUACUCGAGCAUUUGUUCAAUUUGAUUUUUGCGAUCGAUGGAACCAAUAUGGAUAUAAGUAUAGCUCGCCCAGUUUUUGCUUCACACCUGUGUGCAACGGUGUUCCCAUUCGCGCUUCCAACGCACCGAUUCACGCUGUGCAACAUGUGGCUGCCUGUGGUGAAUACGCGCCAGUGCGCCUAAAGCUAUGCAAUUAGCCACACACACACCUUGUGGUGAAGCUUUCUGCAUCGGAUUGCCAGCGCGAUCAACCCUGUGCACACGAAUGGGAUGAAGUCCCCUCCUCCGUCUUGUUUCCAUCCUUCCCUUUUCUUCCUUUCCGUCAGGGUCUUCCUGGGUUGACUCCUGUUCCACCGCGAGGUGAGUUGGAGCUGCCAAAUGACGAUUUCCAAUGAUCUUCUGCCCCCGACGGGGUGCUGUAAUGUGAACUUCCUCAUGCAGCGCACACGCGUACCUUCGCACGCGCGUGUCCGGCAACUCGAUAUUACACACUCUAUCUCUCUCUGUGAUCUGUUACUGCUACUAUAACUUACUUAAACACUUACUUACUACCAAUUGUUACUAUUUUUGCUACUAUUGUUUGCUGCGCUGGCUGCAGGGGCACCGUCCUUAUAGUGUCAGGCGCUUUCCCAUAACCCGUUCGGCAGCGUACUGCACGAGAAAAGUCGUGUUACUCCGUAUCCUAUGCUUCCGUUCGUGGUGGCCUACGGUACACCAUGCCGGAGAGUGGGGAAAGGAGUGCAGAGCCAAAAAAAAAAGCAAAAAGAACAACAAACGCGAAGCAAACAUUUACAUCCAUGUGAAAACCCAGUUGCAAGUAUCGAACACUGUAAAUAAUGAAUAAAAACCAAUCAAUGUUUUUUUAUAUA